CUGUAGGUAGCUCCUGACUGGAGCGAUGGAGAAACUGCACCCUGUCCAACGGGUCGUUCGGGCCGUAGAUACUGACAAUGGCGAUUUCUUCAUCCCCCAACUUUGCCCUCACAUAUACCCAACGGCCUUCUUGUUGGUCAAACUCAUGAGCGACGGGUGUCAACCGGGAAGAAGGGGKAAACCAGAUGGCARCACYAGUCGAGGCACCUGAUAAUGCCGGAGCAGAGAAGGAUGUGUACGGCCACACCCAUUUCGCCUUCGCAGUGUGUUCCGUUGUUGGCAACAGUGGCCGUCUCAGAACAAGUGCGUUUGGAGAGCAGAUUGACAACCAUGAUCUAGUCAUCCGUUUUAAUCAAGGCCGGACACAUGGGUUUCACAGGCAGGUGGGAAGCAAAUCAAGCAUCCGGAUAUAUAAUGGGCCUUACGCAGAACCCAAGCAGGCUGGGGAGAUUACAGUUGCACAGAUGAGAGACCCGGCACUAAAGCAGUGGCUGAGGGAGAGGAAAAAGCGCAAUGCCACGAAUGCGUUUAUAUUUGACCCAGAGUUCUUGUGCCAUGUGUGGGAGUGGGUCGGGCAUGAAGGAAGCAGGCCAUCUUCAGGCCUUGUGGGAGUUGUUUAUGCUCUUGGAAUUUGCCGGAGUGUGGACGUUUAUGGGUUUCAGUAUACGGACUAUUUUGAUUCGUCGCAACGGCCACACUACUUCGAUUGGGAGAGACCGAAACUAGGUCGCGAAAGAAUCCAUCCUUUCAAGAAGGAGCAUGAGCUCUACGUUCUUCUGGCAAAAGCAGGAAAGCUAGCCCUUCAUUAAACCACCAGUACAUUUCCCGUGGCUAUGGCUACACUGCUGCAGCGGUUUGUCAUGAAGUAAUCUGUUCUCGCACAGCGGACCCAUACAUUCCCAGCGCGUGUAUGGCCACACUUCUGAGAAGUAUUGUUUUUUUGCGUCUCAUGUUACCUCCGCGGCAGGGAUUCAAAACCCACGGCGGCGAAGCAAACUAGAGUGCCGUGAUGGUUUGUCAUGAAGUAAUCUGUUCUCGCACAGCGGACCCGUACAUUCCCAGUGUGUUUAUGGACGUCAUUGGCCGCACUUCCGAGACG